CCGGAAGUUCCCAUCACCUUUGAGCCACACCUAGGUGGAGCUAGCUAGCCUCAGAGAUCACCAUUCCACGGGUUGGCACAGAAGCCUUUCUUGGGGAGGUGGGAGCUGGCGUCAUCUGAGAGCACCAUGGAUCACGGGUGUAACCCCUAGAGUGCAGUGUAAAGGCUACAGGCUCAGAAGUCCUGCAGCCCAGGCGGUGCCUCCUGGGGAGAAGAGGAACUAAGGGAGACUCUCCUCCUAAGCAGCGGAAGAGCGAAGAAGAGCGCAGAGCAUCGGCGGGCCAGUCCCGCGACCUUCAGGGACAGUGGGAGUAGCUGUGGCCCCAAUUCAGGUCGCUGGACCGCUGGACCGGGGCCACCACAGCCGGCACUGACCUGGCAGACCGAGGUCACGUUCCACAUAGACCCUGGACUUCGCCGGCACAGCCCCAUCUCCCUCAGGUGCAGGAAGCACCUGGAAGGAGGCCUCCUUUAGCAAAACCAGAGAUGGCAUCAGUGGACUUCAAGACCUACGUGGAUCAGGCCUGUAGGGCUGCUGAGGAGUUUGUCAACGUCUACUACACCACCAUGGAUAAGCGGAGGCGUCUGCUGUCCCGCCUAUACAUGGGCACAGCCACCCUGGUGUGGAACGGAAACGCUGUCUCAGGGCAAGAGUCCUUGAGUGAGUUUUUUGAAAUGUUGCCUUCCAGUGAGUUUCAAAUCAAUGUGGUUGACUGUCAGCCUGUACAUGAUGAAGCCACCCCAAGCCAGACCACAGUCCUUGUUGUGAUCUGUGGAACAGUGAAGUUUGAAGGCAACAAACAACGGGACUUCAACCAGAACUUCCUCCUUACUGCCCAGGCUUCACCCAGUAAUACAGUGUGGAAGAUAGCAAGUGACUGCUUCCGGUUCCAGGAUUGGGCCAGCUAGUAGAGCUGGAAAGGCCUCUGCUUCAGCCCUAGCUCUGGAGGGAAAUGCAGAUCUCAAAAUGUGUGUACACAGUUUCUUUUGUUGUUGUAAGAUACACUGCCCAGGCUGAACUCUGCAUUUGUUUCAGUCCAUGGAGCCUCUGAGUAUAUUUGUUUGUCAUAGUUGCCUUUUCAUAGUAGUAAAAGCUAUUUUUCUACUCGUCCAGUAGACACCCUGGUUCUGGAAAUUCUGACAAAUAAAACAA